AUGGUGAACCCUACCAUUGCCGAUCCGAAUAUUGACGUAGAGGAGUCGGACGACUCGCUGGUGGCGAACGGCUCAAACUCUAACAGUCCGGUCAAUGAACAGCCGCCGAUGGUCGUAUUGCCAUCACAGACGUUGGUCAAACCGCCAUCGCUGUUGUCGGAUAGCGCGAAAGAGAGCUCUCGUAAAAUUAAAAAACGGACAGCUAUUCCAACAAAUGCUGCCAUCAGCGACAGCACUGCAAAACACAGAAACGUGAAGCAUAAAGAUACGCCGUCGAAGCAUAGCUCUAAGAACAUUCAACCAAAGCUUUUUAAAGCUAAUUCACACAUGUGUGCCGAACCUAAAACAGCAGCGGUCAAAGAAUUGCAACGCUCGACGGUUGCGCCAAAACGACCGCCUCCUGUUCAGGUUGUGGCUAAAACCAAUCAAAACAAAUCCGAUACUAGCUUUGUAUCAGAUUCUACCAAGUCAUACGUAUCAUCAGUGCCGCCAGUGAAAAUCAGGAAAGUACGAACAGCGAAAACGUAUCCAACUCGGUUUCGUUCAACAGGUGAGUUACAGAAGCGGUCACAUCACGGUGCUCGAAACUUCAAGCUGAACGUGUCGACCGAUUUGCCCAAAAUAUCCGUUUUGAUGAUGCUAGGACUGGAGCAAGAAAUACCCUUGCCUCCGAAAAGACCGAAACCGCCAACUCCAUACGCGGCUUUUACUACAUUAAUGGAUCCUUUCAGUAGAGCGCCUUUGAAAAGAACAGCCUCUGACAUGGAUCAUGCACCUGAUACUGUCAAAUCGGUAGACAGCCAUGCUGCUCCUCUGCCUGCCGUUGCUACGACCAGUUUAACUCGACCCUCUAUAUUGCCACCUCUACCAUCGAAGCUGUCGACGAAGUUGUCACCUUUGCCACCUGUCGAUUCAGCAGUGCGUGCCAAAGCCACUUCAAAACCCGUCCAACUAGUCGAAAGUGACAGUUUCAUGGCUGCUUUGGAAACCAAGCUACCGGUAAAACCGCCUCUAGUUAAAAAAAAGAAAGUUACGACCAAAAGCGGUCUCGGUUGUGCGGUGUCAGUGUCCACUAGUUUCACGGUAAAACAGGAGGUGCUGUCAUUCUCUUCCAUCGAAAGCGACAAAGCAAUUACAACGACUACUGCUCUGACGGCGUUUUCAUCGGAAACACCUGACACAGUUCAGCAGCAGCCGUCGUCGAAGGCAGCGUUGUCAUCGACCGGUGUGACGCUUGUGUCCAGUCUUAGCAGCGUCGGUCACGGGUCUGACGGUGAUCUUAAGUCGAAGUUGCGUAAAGCAGAGAAGCGGAACGUACAGUGGGCGGAUGAUCUCAGUUUGGUUCAGGUUCACUACUUCGAAGUGGAGGACGGAGAACGAGGUCCGUUGCCGUUGUUUUCAGUCAAUGUCAACCGCAUCCGGCCUUAUGGUGAUUUGAAACAUUUUGAGAUGCAUCGAGAGAGGGAAGCACUUGAGGCAGCUCGACGUAUGGGUAAUUUUGACGUAAACGCCGACGUGGAUCGAAAGACGUCCGUAACGUGGAAACUGAUACCGAUCGACUGCCCUAAACAGCCGCUGGUGAAGCGCGGUUCGGCGAGCAUCGAGCGCGUACUACAAGCACGCCGGCAGCGAAACGUCCUCGCUGAGUUGUACUUCUCGCCAAAGCUGAUUCCUGAUUCGCCAAAGGAGCCGGACGUCGUCGACAGAGUCCUUUUAUCUGAAACGAAGGUCAUUCCUCUAGAGGAGUAUAACGAAGUUCAGUAUCGAGUAAAUCCAGGUGGUGUGCCGAUGCCUCGUGUGCCACAAAACGCUUUGCCUCCUGAGUUAGCUCAACUUUUCCACGGCAUAAACAAACCUCCAGGGCAACCGGUGCAACAUGUGAAUGCUCCCGUUCCAUCCAUGAUGCCACCUCUAGUGAACGUAGGCCCUUCGAGCUUAAACGGUGCCGGCCCGGGAACGGCAGCCAUUCGAAAUGUUAUGCCGUAUCCCCCUGGUCCAGCGAUGACCAUGCCGGUCAUGCGUUCUGGUGUCGAGAACAUGCCGGCCGUUUUGGACCCGUCUUCGAUGGUUCGUGGUAGAGCAUGCGUUAUGCCCUCUACCGUUCUGUACAAUGGACCCAUAGUUGCUCCCUCCGUUGCUGCUGGUAACAGGAUGCCUGGAAAUUGGAAUGCACUUCCGCCUACAGGCCCGCCCGGACUACUGGGCAACGCGCCAGCGAUGCCACCAUCAGCACCUUUCGUGCCUGCCAACGUUCGUCCUUGCUACCUCUCAGUCCCUCCGCCUGCGGCAUAUAGACAUCCUAAUGUCAGAAGUCGCCAGCGUGCUCCCAAUACCCCAUUAGACAGUAGGCCGCCGUGCCAAUUCUUCCUCCAAGGUCGAUGCAACUACGGUGAUCGGUGCCAUUUCCCGCAUGUUAUCCCACCUAACACGUUGUCAGUGCCUCAGAUGCGUCCAGCCUUGCCCUCGUCUAAUAGCUCUUGUUCAGAGCUGCCACCUUCUGAUUCAGUCAAGGAUGCAAGUCCAGCAACGAGCAAAGACGAGUGA